CUUUUUUGCUGUGGCCUGUGACUCUGUGACUCUGUGAGCACUCCUCUCUUCUCGAUCUCUCUCUCCUCCAAGGCUCCAAUUCACAGACCACCACCACGAGCGCUCUCUCCUCCGACGCAGACCACCACCACGAGCUCUCUCCUCCGAAGCAGACCACCACCACGAGAUCUCUCCUCCGAUUUACUGUCUCACAGACCAACACCACGAACUCUUCUCGAUCUCUCUACUUGAUGGUUUUACAGCGGUUGUGAAAGAAGCUCUUCUUUGGUUCUUUUCUUUUUUUUUUAAUUACCAAAUCCAACCGAAUUGAACUCAGAAGAUGGGUAAACGGGGAGCUAACAAGCUUACAAAAGCUCAAGGAGGACCUAACCUCAAGUCUGUGCUCAGACACGAGCACUUGAAAAGUCUCGCUCUCUGGUCCACCGGCGGAGAUACUCCCAUCCCUUCCUUAGCUACUUUCUUCGGUCGACGUCUCGCUGCUGAUGGAGAAGCUUCCGACAUUCCUCAUGAUCCUGAUCUAUUCUCUUGUCAAAGGUGUGAGACAGUUCUUCAGCCUGGCUUCAAUUGUAAUGUUAGAAUCGAGAAGGUUUCUGCUAGUAAGAAGAAACACAUGAGGAGGUACAAGAAGAAGCCUAACAUGUUUCUGCCUCAGAACAAUGUAGUUUACUACUGCAACUUCUGUUCUCACCGUAAUCUCAAGAGAGGAACUGCUAAAGGUCUGAUGAAAGAGAUUUAUCCGCCCAAGCCAAAAACAACUCGUCAACGUCCCAACAUGGAUAAAGAGAAGAUGGUGGUAGUGCCUCAAGAAAUCCAAAGUAACAUACUUCCUUCUUCACCUGAAAGAAGAUGUGAGAAUGAUCUCGAAAAUGUUUUGGAGAAUGCACCAAAGCCAAUGCUUACACUGGAGAGAGAGAAGAGAAUAAGGAAAUCCAAAAGUAAGAAACCAAUUGAGCCCGAAAGUGUUCCUGAGAAAAAAACAACAGUUGGUGGUGGUGGUGGAUCGAAUAAGAGGAAGAGAAAAGCAUGGACUGGUAUGAAGGAGUUGUCUGAGACUACAACAACCAAGAGUUCUUCCAGAGCUGUAAACUUUAAGAUACCUUUUCAGUUGUGAUAAUCUGCCCCAACUCAAAUUGGGCUAUCGAAUUAGUCUUAUCCCUUAUGGUCUUUGUGUUUCAUCAUUUUCUACCUCUUGUAUAUUUGUUAGAAUGACAUUCACACGAAGUAGUCAGUUACAUGUCCUAAACACAAUGCCCAGAAUUGCACUAAGCUUGAGUCAGGCGUUGGGAUUGUUUGUCGUUUUCUCUUCAACAAUUUUAUGCAAUUAUAAACCCAC